UAUUUUUGUCCUGCUGGCCCUUGAAGUGGCUUGGAGGAAUUACAGUGUUAACUGCUUUUCCAGUGACCUCGUUUAAAAAAAAAAAAAGAAAAAACCUUCCUCCUCGCAUUCCUGUGGCUUAAAUUUAAUUCAGUGAAACGCCUUUUGCACACACACUACAGUCACAUGUGACCAUAUAAGCACAACGCAGAGAGUCACAUCUCAGGAACAGUCUCUGUGGAGAGGUUAUGUUCUAGCGUAUGCUCUUUUCUUAAACUUUUCCUAAACUUGUAGGCUUUUGGUCUCAAGGGAGCGCUGCUGCCAAGAAAAGUUCCUUCACUGGAAAUCAAUAUUGCGUCGGAUUGAGUUCCUGCUGCAAAGCCAGGUUUUUUUUUUUUUUUCUUUCCCCUCACCACAUUCAGAUGACGUGUCUCUUCCUCCAGCUUUAUUUCACGGAUCCUUCAUGAGUCACGUUCUCAAAAGAGAAGUUUCUUUCCUCUCUGAUUUCACUCGUGGCACGUUUAAAAAAAAAAAGGCGUCUUUCCUGUUCGCUUUGUCGAUCCGGUGAAGUUUUAUUUGUAAAAUGAUGUGUCAUAAAGCGUGCGAGGCGGCGGAAUAUAUUAAAAAAAUGCACCCGAUGUGGCAGGAGCCUCUGGAAGUGCCCGGAGGAGAGCGCCAGUCUCCCAUCGACAUCAGCAUGCGUAAAAGCAUCUUCGACCCGAACCUGAAACCGCUCGUUACGCAGUACGACCCCAGAACCUGCCAGCAGAUCUGGAACAACGGAUACUCCUUCCUCGUCGAGUAUGACGACACGACAGACAAGUCCACACUGCGUGGUGGUCCUCUGGAGGAUCAGUUCAGGUUGUGUCAGUUUCAUUUCCACUGGGGAGAGAAUAACUCCUGGGGCUCUGAACACACUGUGGACCGCCAACUCUACCCCGCUGAGCUCCACUUGGUCCACUGGAAUGCAGAUAAAUACGCUUUGUUUGAGGAGGCCGUCGUGGAGGAGAAUGGAUUGGCUGUUAUUGGCGUCUUCUUGAAGGUUGGGAAGACACACGAGGGUCUGCAGAAGCUGGUGGACGCUCUACCUGCCGUCAGACACAAGGACAGUGUAGUGGAGUUCACUAAAUUUGACCCAUCCUGCCUCCUGCCUGAGAGCAUUAAUGAGUAUUGGACAUACGCCGGAUCUCUGACCACGCCCCCUCUGACCGAGGCCGUCACCUGGAUCAUCAUGAAGCAGCCCAUUGAAGUGAGCCACGAUCAGUUGGCUGUGUUUAGGAGUCUGCUGUUCACCUCGGCAGAGGAAGAGGCGCAGAAGAGCAUGGUGAACAACUUCCGGGUCCAGCAGCCUCUAAAGGGCCGAACGGUUCGCUCGUCCUUCACCCCGUUCCUCCAGAACGUUCCUCCAGCUGACCCCUAAACCCUCAUCCUGACCUUGUGAAGUACUGAUGGUGUCAUCUCAGUCUUAUAAACGGUGAUACGUGUCACAACAUCUCAACAUUUCAGCCCAGUUUACGACCAGGAACCCGAGUCAGGUCCAAAAGUCUGAGUCCUCUAACAAAUACUGCAUUUCAUCACAAAGAAAUACAGGUUCAUUGAAUAACUGAACUUCACUCAGAAUAAAUCAGGCGCACAGGAUGUUCAGAUACAUUUAAUUUCAUUUAAAUGGUUAGUAAAAGACAGGAUGUUGUACUCGACUCUCCUCAAACACUUCGUGCCACUUCAUACAGUUCCUGCAGCUUCUGUUCAAAGGGAUUUAACUUUUAGUUUUCUUUUUACUUUUGGAGGGGAUUUUUUUUUUCCUGAACGUAUAUGCAUGUAGUAGCUGAUGUAUGAUUGCGGUGUAGGAAAUGUACAACUUGGCUAUACACUGCCAGUCAAACAGUUUUGAGCCCUGAAGUUUCUAAUCUUUUCUUAAUCACUAUUACAUGAUACAGAAUAGUAGUUAAUUAAGCAAAGGUAAAGAACUUGUUACACUCUCGCUCCCAGAUCUUAUUGUGACUCUAAAUGAGGAUUUUAUUUUAAUGGCAGGCGCACUUGGGGGAUUAAGCUGUUAAACUGUAGGUAAAAGACUUAUAUACGGUACAGUGCUAGUGUUAACUACAGAGGUGCCAUCAUUUACGGUUCAGCGCUAGCAUUUUUGGCCCCUCGCUGUUGCGCUAAGAUUUUCUUUCUUGAAAGAAAAACUGAUCGCAAAUAAAAUUCACCCAGCAGAAAAAAAAAACAAGUCACUGUAUUUUGAUCUGCGGAUUCACAAACCAGUAGAAAACAAGAAGGCGGGGCACUUGUGUGUUUGGUCGGUAAGAAAAAUAGAGAAGCUUCUUAAUUAUUAAUUUGCUCUUCUAUUUUUUUUAUUUAUUAAUUAGCCAUCUCAGCCACUCAUAUGUGCUUAGGGGGGUAGAUUUUUAAUUUUAGAGUAAUUGCAAUGAGGUCAUUUGAGACUGUUCGACUGGCAGUGUAUGUUCCAGGUUUGUUCAGGAUUUUUUGGUGGUUUUAUUUCGGCAAACCGCAGAAGGCGUGCCUUACUGUAGCUCUACAGAAAUAUUACAGAUUUUCAGUUGGGUCACUUACAGAGACUGGAAAAAUGUUAUGCAUGUGUGAAUUUAACUUAAAACUAGAAAUCUAGAAACUAAAUAAUGACUCUUUAAUCCUUUCAAUUAAUUCAGAAUGUUUCAUAAGACACCAGGUAAUUUCCUUGAUUUUCUGCAUUCUUCUGCAGUGACAUGGCGUUCCCGAUGUUACUGCCAACACUGCAAGAGGAAAAACUCAUUUUUCUGAGACCAGUUUAUCUCCUAAUGCCUCUUCAGUGUUGAUGAAGGUUUAUUUCCAGUCUCUGUAGCCGUCCCUGCUUAAAGUUCCUCUUCGUACAGAAGAGAAAUGAUACGCUGACCUUCUCAUGUGUUCUUCAUUUCUCAUACAGUUUUAAUAACUGACCCUGCACUUGAUGUUUACUGCCCGGGAAAACUCAGUUUAAACCUUAAACUGCACACUUCCUUUAAUGAUUUACUGUUAACAAGCGAGAUUAUUUCAUCUCUGACCAAUUAGCUCAUUUAGAUGAUAUCUGUUAUAAAGAUGAUCACUUUAUACAUGUGUGUGAGGAAAUAGCUGAGUUUAUAAUAUAGUGGAUUCACAUGCAGGAUGUAAACGAACUACCGUAAACACUAAAAUACCGUAUACAAGA